CAUUAAUAAACAGCAGUGAGCAACAUGGCGACUGCUGUAUCAUCUCCUUCUCCUCUUGCUCCUCCUCGAACCCUCGGCUCUGGGAGACUAACGAGGUCGGGAAGGCCAAGACUAGUCCAACUAUCAUCAGUAGAAAGAAGUUAUGAGGAAUCCCGUGUCAUUCUUUAUCCUUCCCAAAAGAAACUGAGCUCAGUGGAGUCUCAGCGAGUCAUGACGGUUGCCAAAGAGACGAGAAGGAAAGCAGAGGCUGCUCUACUCCUCAUCCCUCACCUUUAUGACCACCUCGAUAGGUUCGCUGUAACCAUGGGAACCGAACUAGUUGCUAGGAUACGCGAGUACCAUUAUCUCUCCGAAGAGUAUGAGAGAUGCUAUGAGAGUUUGAUAGAGAAUGAAAUUGAGCCGGACUUUGCAACAAGUCGGAGUAAGUCCUCUCUACCAGACCACAAACUCGAGCCUAUAUCUUCAAAUAUGUCCCCAGAAGAGCUCCAGAUACGAUUCUUUUCUCUCCAACAGCAACUCAGAGACUCAACUAGGACCCUUCUCCGUGAGCUCCAGAAGUGUCCAUCACUUGAUGCUAUUGCUAAAGAAGUGAAGGGGCCAGUCCCGCCAAGAGUUGAUAAUGUUAUAGGUCAGCUUGGAGAGGUCGUCCGGCUAAUGGAGGAGACACUCCUCACUACACACGAGGAAGAAGUGAAGAGAAAUGAAUAUUUGAGUAUCAUUAGUGAGAGAAGACAAGUGGCUGAGACUGAAAUUGCUAGUCUGCAGUCUGAGCUGCAACAUGCCCGCAAUGACUUGAAUAAAGAAGUCCAGAAAAGAGAAGAUCAUAGAAAGAAACUUAUCCAUGAGAUAAGAGUGGUCGACAAACUGGCCAAGGAAGUUCAGAAGAAGAUAGAAGAUGAUACGAACAAACAGGAAGCAAACAGCCAGAAACUGCAUGAUGGCCAAGUGUCUAAAGCAAAUGAGGAGAUUGGGAUUCUAAAGAAGACACUCCUGGAAGCUAAAGCAGCCAACAAAGAGAUUGAAUCGCAACUGAGAAAGAAAUCAUUCAAGAGAGAGACAGAGGCUGACAACUGGAUACAAAAAUACGACAAUGAGAUUGGUGACUUGCAGAAUGAGCUGGAGACACUGACUGAAGAAUUUACCGAAGAAAAGAAACAAGUGAAAGAAAUAGGAGAGAGACUGGAGAUUCUCUCAAUUGAAUAUGAUGCUGUUGUGAAGGAGCAAGAGGAAGAAAGAAAGAAAGCAGAAGAGGCUCAGCAACGACUAGCCUCAAUGGUGAGGGCUGCUACUCAGAUACAGUCUUGCUGGAGAUCCUACAAGAUCAGGAAAAUGUUCAGCAAAGACGCUAAAAAAGGUGGAAAGAAAGGAAAGAAGGGCGGGAAGAAAGGAGGAAAGAAAGGAAGUGCUAAAAAGAAGAAAGCAUAAUUCAUCGAUACAUGUUAACAGGGAUUAACAUAAUGAAAUAUCUCUUUAUCACAGACACAUAAUAACAUCCUUGCACUUGAUAAUAACACGGUAACACCAA